AAGCCAUCGGUUGUGCAAAGCAUCUGCUGCUGCUGCUGGAGCUGAAUAUUUAAAUUUAAGAUGGGGCUGUGUUGAUCCUUUCCAGAGAACAGAUGUUUUAUGGAAACUCUUUAGAAAUCCUGCAUGCAGCAGCAGCCACGGUUCAGUAUUUCCCAGUCCCAUCCCUUGGUACCUGCAAAGGGACAACAGGCAGGAGAAGUUUAAACAUUGGACAGAAGGAAAACACCAGGAAAAUUACAGAUGUGAGAUUGUGGCAGCACCAUCCAUCACAAAACUAAGCUGAACCAGAAUUCAGAUUAUUGUUUUUGUUAUUUUGUGAUACAAAGUUUGGAGGUCAGAUAAAGCAAUCAAAAAUCUUUGUGACAGAAAAGAAUAAGCCUGAGGCAAGGCCCGGGUCUCUGGUUUCAGCUUGGCCUGUACCCACAGAUCAGGGAUGGGAAAGGGGCAGCAAGGAGAGAAAAAUUAGAUAAAUUGUGUUAAAUUAAACGCUUUGGAAGUUAAAAAUCAGAGGUGACUCAGCAGAGGACCGAGAGGCACCAGAACGACUCAAACAAGUAAUGUAUGAGGUAUGCAAUGCUGUAAUAACUGCUCCUACCUACUGUGGGAUAAACUGCUGUGGCUGGAGCAGAGCAAGAAUUUGGGCAGGAGGUACAAUCAGGAUUGCAAAUAGCUCUGGAAUGUUAACAUUUUAUUUUUUGUUGCAAAAAAAGUUGUUUUCAAAAUGCUUCCUGUCACCCAAAUAUUUCCCAGAGCCUGUCAAAGCAUUGGUCAAUUACUUACUGUUUUCUCUUUUUGUUUUACUUCAACAGUUCCAGGUGUGUGUCCAGGUGUGUGUCCUACCUUUUCAAGGUGGUAGGUCUGUGCCAUGUGGGGUCUUCUCGCUCCAAGUGCCUCUGGGAUGUGACUGAUUCCAGCAGCUGUGAGUUAAGUGGUUGCAUUGAACUUUUACCAGCCCAGAACUUUUAACAGCCCGCUGUGGGCCUUGUUUGCACAUUCACAAACAUGCAGGUGAGCAGGUGGAGUGCUCUGGGCUUUUGUAAUUGGCACUGGAGCUCCUGUUCCCACCAGGAGGCUGUGGGGAUGGGACCAGACUGGGAACACAGGAGCUCCUCUCCAACUUCAGCCUCCUGGUGGAAGUGCCCUGAUUGGCCCCAGGGGCAGAGCUGGUGCCCACACCUGGGUGAGGAGCCUCGGGCUGGCCCUCUGCAGUGGGAAGGAGGAGACAGGCAGCAGCUGCCACCACGGCCCAGAAGGACCAUGAGAAACCAUGAGGCAAAAGUGAUGACAGAAGAGACUUUCCUUGGUGCUUUCUGAGCACAAGUCGGCCAGGAAGAGCCAGUGGCCCCAGGGCUGCUGCCAUGACCACACUUUCCAUGUCCAGGCCCCUGCAGGUGCUGGACCUCCCCUGGGCAAGGGUGAUGCCCCAGGUUAAGAGGCACUCACUCCAUGUUCGUGAGUGCAGGGUUUGGGCUUCUGCAAACAUCAGCACACUACAAACACUGCAAAUACGGUCAGCUUUGGCCAGUUUAUGGUUAGACCACAAAACUGCAACCCUUCUUGCCCAGUCUUCUUAAACACAAAUAUAAAUUACGCUGGACAAAAGCUUGAAACAGUACAAUAUUCUUCAGACAAAAACCUCCUUGUCAAGUGUUGGGAGAGGAGUCUGGCAGGAAUCUACGACCUCUCCCACAAGAUGUGGGGUGAGGCUGUUGUCCUGUCUUGGAUAGGCUAAAGUGGAAAUGCCAAAUUUAGCUUAUUCUUAUUCCUUGCCUGGUUCCAGUAACAGGUGGCCCUGGCAAUUAAGCUAAAAAUAAUUUAAAAUAUACUGAAGGAAGUGCUUUUCCUGAGGAAAUCAUUGGGAGAAACCCCUGAAAUAUUAUUAUUGGAAAACCUGGUGAGAGUUUGAUUCCAGCAUCAGCCUUAUGCUGGGCAGGGAAGCUGGACCAGGCCAUGCUUUGAGGAGGCCCUUGCAGCAGAGGUGGCUCAGGCUGGGACUGUGCUCAUCUGUGGCCAGGUGAGUACUGAGAAUCUCCAAGGUCAGAGUCAGGAGCCUCUCAGGGCCUUUAUUAGUGCUCCAAGGUUUUUUCUGAGAUCCAGCGAGGAUGUCUCCUGUUCCAGCUUGUCCAAGUUGCCUCUCUGGUCACCACGCAGCUGUGAGUGCUCUGUACCCGUCACCUCUCCCAGGACCAUGAGGCAACUGGAGACUGUGGUCAGGGCCCCCUUUUCCUCACUCCGACAACAGUGGGACAUGAGAAAAUCCUACAGAAGAGUGCCCAUGGGGAGUUUUAAAAAGUGGUGCUAGAAUCACAGACUCUCAGAUUGAUUUGGCUUGAGAGGGACCUUAAAGCUCAUCCAGUUCCACCCCCUGCCAGGGGCAGGGGCAUCUUCUGCUAGACCAGGUCGCUUCAAGCCCUGUCCAGCCUCGUCUUGGACACUGCCAGGGAUGUGGAAGCCCAGCUGGAGAAGAAAAGGGGAACAGGAAAGCACAAGCUCUAAGUUGUAUGAAAUCUGCUGGAACUGCUGUCUGGAUGACACCUGCAGGACAGGACAGUUUUCGUGCCCUCAGAACUGCAUCUGAUGCAGCCAAACCCAUGGAGAGGAAAAACUUGAGCAUGAAACUCUCGCUCCUCGGGGAGAAUUUUGGCUAUCAAAAACCCACUGAGCUCCUGAGCCUGUUGUGGCUGCAGGGAUCCUGGGCCCAGAGGCUGCCUGGGCAGCAGCAGGGUGAGCAGGGAAGAAGGCCAGGAGGGCUCUCAGUGGGCACAUGUCAGAGCAGCAGCAAUGCCAGGGAAAGCAUCUGCCCAGGCCACCAGGUUCAGAGGGUGAGAUCAUGCUCUGUCUAGAGGGCAGGGACAAGUGGAGUGUCACCAGGGUCUGUCUUGACACAUGUUCUGUGGAACAUUCACUUCAGCUGUAGGAAAGAGGUGACAGUGUUCUCCUGUCAGGGUUGUGGGUGACACAAGUCAGGGGGACCAGUGCUCCAGGGCAGGGCCAGAAGGACUUGGACAGACUGGAAAAUGAAGCCAGAAGCAGCUGGUACAAUUCAACAAAGACAAAUGCCAGAUCCUGCAUCCAGCGCUCCCUGAAAAAAACAGCACCACAAUCUCAGGAGAGGUCAGUGAAGACCCCCCAAACAGGCUAGGGAUGAAGCUCCACACUGAGAGCGGGGGCUGGAAGUGCUGAGUGGACUCUGCCCACAGCAGGAAUGGCUUUGGGAACACCAAAGAGCCAUUUGUCUGUCAGGCCCUGUAGGGAGGUUACCCCAAAACCGGUGCCACACUCGUUACAGGGGGACAUGGAGAGAGGAGACAGGCAAAAUCCAGACAAAACCCACCACUUUCUUGUCCCCAUCCUCAAAGGAAGCAGUUGUGCCCAUGUGGAGAUCAGAACCAGCUGGCAGGGAGCUGAGAUACAAGUGAUGGUGAUUUCUGGUGGAGAAAGAAUUCUUGAGCAGGAAGGUGCAUCCCUCAAAACAGCCAAGGAACAGCACUGGGAGAAGUUACUGGUGCUACAACAAUGCCCUUGGCUUUGGGAGAUACGACACAUGCUUGGAAAAGGUAAGUUAAGAGUCUGAUUUUCAGAAGUGACAAGUAUUUAUAGGAUCUGGGCCCAAUCCUGAAGGCUGCACCCCCAAUUUGAGGUAUUUGGUUUAAAAAAACAUCUCCCUUAACAUUUCACAAGUUCAUGGAGAUUUGAUUUACUGCUGGACAUCACUGGCCAGGUUUGAUAUCCAUCAGGAGACUAGAGGGGGACACAAACAUGAUAUUUCUUAUCCUAAAGGCUGUUCUGAAGAUGUGGACUACCAGAACUGAAGUUCAUGGCAUCCAGGGAGAUUUCAGUAUAUUUUAAUAUUUGUGCCAAGUAUUGAUGGUCUCAGAAAAGUCCCUUUUCAAAUAUCAAAGUGGGAGGGGGUUUCUGCAAGUGCUGCCAGCCUGUGCCUUCCCUAAAACAUUGGGAGAGUGGCCAGGUUGUACUGGAAUGCCAUGGCACCAAGUUUCUGUGCGAAACAAGGAAAUGCUCGUCACUGCCAUGAGCAAAAAGUGUAAUUUGUAAACUCAAAGCAAAUAAGUGAAAAAGUCCCAUUACCGUGGCCCCUCUGCUCUGCCAGCUCAGCUGCCCUGCCUGAGAGGUGCUCGAGAAGGGCAGAGCCCAGAGUCACUGUUCCAUGUACACACAGGACACAGAUCCACAGCUACACACACACACACAGGGCCACAGCCACAGCUGCUCUUUUUCACACUUACUGCUUAUCUUUUUCAGCUCCAGACACCUUCUGACCUGAAUUUCCCUCACUGAGGCUGCCACUCCCUUGGUAUCUGUGUUGGAUUUCCAAAUAGGGUGUUCAUCCCCAUCUGGGGCUGUAGCCUACACUUUCCUACUUCCCAGAAAUGUUGCUGUUCAGCCUCUCCUCUCUUGACAUUCCAGGUCCAGAGCUUCUGCUUGGACCAUCUCCUACUGCCCCACCACCAGGAGCAGAAGCUGCAAGGACACUGAAGCAAUAGUGUUUCCCUGCUGCAGAAACAUCACAGCUCUCUCUCGACCUCCAGAUUCACUCCCUGCGGCAGUCCUCAUCUCCUGGGGGUCCCACUUUACAUUUCCCUGGCACUACGUGGUGAACUCCAGCUGAACUCACUCCUUCUAUCAGGAAUAGCUCCAGGCUCUGAGCAGGCAGUGCUCACCCAGCCAUCUCACUGAGCUGGAGCCAUCUCACUGCUGAGCCCUUCAAACGCGCUGGGCACUUUUGGUGCCUUCUGUGUCCAGCCAGUGCCACUGCUAGGGCUCUGUCCCUGCUGUCCAAGUCCUCUCCAGGUCUCUGGACCACAUCAGCUCCCCCAGAGAGCUGUGCCUUGGGCUGAGUGGGCACAGUUGGCACAGGUGUGGGAGCACAGGGAGCGCAGGUGCCAUGCAGUCAUCUGCUGUGCCCCUAUGGCUGUGGUGCUGCCAGCUUGGCCCAAGGCCAGCCCCCAUCACUGCUCCUCUCUGCUGACAGUGGCAGGUGCAGGCACCUCACAGCCCUGCAACAGGUAAGACAAACUAGCCAGCACCUGCGGCAUGGCUGGCACAUGGAACAUGGGACAGCAUCUGGGGACAGCUUACUAAGGACUAGGUGUCAUACAGUCUCUGCUCUUGGCUGUGGAGGUGAGGAGGGGUGAGAGAGCAGGGCUUCACCAGGACCCUGUCAUACACUGCUGGGGGCAACCUGGUGCUGGCCCCCAGGGCUCUGGGUGGUCUGGGCAGGCUGUGGCUGCUGCUGCUGCCUCCAGUAGAGGCAUCCAGUCCUUUCCAAGAGAAAUGAAUCCUGUGUUGUUAUCUGCUCCCUCAGUUCAGCCAUGCCCUUGCACUGGGCCAUGGCUGUGCCCAGGGCUCAGGGCCCCACUCCCACUGCUAAAUGCUCCAGGCUGUCUGCUCUGCUCACCUGAGUGAGUACAGGUGCAGUGGCUUGGUGAGGAGAACCACAUCCUCCUGCAGGAGCAGCUUCCCUGCAUGGGUAGGAGCACAAAUGUGCUCCUGCACCAGCAGAGCUGGGUCUCUGGCUGGCUCACAAGGCACUGUCACAAAGGUCCCUCCCAUCUCCUGAGGGAAGGGCAGGAACCUGGCACUGGUGCAUCUGUGUUCCCUCUCUGCUUCCCAUCCAGCCUCUCUGGCCUUGCCUGCCUGGGCAGAGGUGUGUGUGCCUGCUCUGGUACCUGCACAGUGUAACACCUGCUCAGUCUGCAGUUACCAUGAGAAAUCGCCUUCAGUGCAGGUGAGAGAGGGAGGAAAAGGGUUGAGCAAGGUGGAGGCUCUUUCCAGGCUCAUCCCUGUGCAGCCCAGGGGGGACAGGGAGAUUCUCCUCCCGUAUCUUCCUAUUCCUUCGUGCUCAGGAUGUCUGAAGACAAAUGGAUUAAAUCUGGCAUCUCUGAACUGUGGCUGUGUUUGCUGACUGCCACAUUGCUCCUCGCUAGGGUGAAACUCAGGAUCAUUCCUCUGCACAUUCCUGUGGCUACUCUGCAGCCCUGCAGUUGCAUGUCCAAUCCAGCCUGGAUUUGUCAGUAUGGGUGGGGGGCACCAGAUGAGCUCUUGAACCCUUGCUGUCUCUCCUGCAGUGACAUUACCCAUUCCCUGCAUGCUGUGCCACACAGGGUCACUGCAGGGCUCAAGGUUCAUUUCCCACUGUGAUGGGCUUACUUUCCUCUUGCUCAUCUGCUCUUUUUCCAGGAGUUGAGGCCCAGCUUGGAGCAUGAACAGGUACCCAACACAGGAUGGCAGCUCUUUGGACUCCAAAAUCCCAGCAUCUGUGAAAUCUGAACUCAGGAAACUUUCAACCACCAGGGAGAUGGGAUCAGAGCUGUACCACUAGGGACCCCCUUGCUUCACGAGGGGCUGUGCUCUAGUCCCUUGCCUCACAGUCAUCCCUCCUCCUCAGGGCUCUGCCCAAAGCCAGACCCAACUUGCCCCAUGGCAGGUACGAACCAGACACAGGUGACGGAGUUUGUGCUCCUGGGCUUUUCCCACGGCCGGCCCUUCCUCUUUGCUCUUUUCCUGGCCAUUUACCUGGCCACGCUACUGGGCAACUCUGCAAUACUCUCCCUCGUGUCGCUGGACUCCCACCUCCACAGCCCCAUGUACUUCUUCCUUAGUCACCUGUCUUGCCUGGACCUUUGCUACUCAUCAGUGACGGUGCCCAAGAUCCUGGCGAACGCUCUGCGCCCGCAGGCCACCAUCUCCUACGGGGGGUGCCUGGCACAGAUGUUCCUGCUGAUGUGGUGCGCGGGGGCCGAGUGCGCGCUGCUGGCCCUCAUGGCCUACGACCGCUUCACCGCCGUGUGCCAGCCCCUGCGCUACAGCCAGGCCCUGCGCCGCAGCACCUGCGCCACCGCUGCCGCCGGCUGCUGGCUCUGGGGGCUGCUGGACUCGGCCGUGCACACGCUCCUGGCGGCCCGGCUCUCCUUCUGCGGGGUUGCCCGGCUCCAGCACAUCUUCUGCGACGUGCCGCCACUGCUGGGGGCCACCUGCAGCGACACCCGCCCAAACGAGCUGGCCCUCCACAUCUCCAGCAUCUUUGUGGGACUCAGUCCCUUUCUGCUCGUCGUAAUCUCCUACCUUUGCAUCCUGGCCACCGUCCUUGGGAUGCCACUGGCCACCAGCCGGCGCAAGGCCUUCUCCACCUGCUCUGCGCACCUGAUCGUGGUCACGCUGUACUUCGUGGCAGCCAACCUGAACUACAACCGGCCCAGCUCAGGCUACUCCCCGGCAGCUGACACGCUGGUCUCUGUGCUGUACUGCAUCAUCGUCCCCAUGCUGAACCCCCUCGUCUACAGCCUCCGCAACCAGGAGGUGUGGGGGGCCCUGCGGAAGGCUGUGCGGGUGAGUGCCAUGCCAGGCUCCCUAGGCAACAAUGCCUGAGCAGCGCCAGGGCUGCCACAGGCUGCCAACAUGGCACUGCCACUGCAGUGUCCAUCUGUGGGAUGCCUGUGACAGCACAGCCAGCCUGGGGCUCCCAGCCCAAGCACAUGGCACACUGCCAUCGCUCAUCUCACCCUCAUUGCAUCACUGAGAGCAGAAUAAAGUCAGAAACAAAGCCACA